UGUUCUGUGUGUCUUAUGUGUCAUCCCUCCUCCCUCUGUCUCCCAAACCUCAGCCCCUCCUCAACACUACAGGGUCAGUUAUCCUCCGAUACUUCCCAGCCUAGAGCAGGAAUAAUGAGGGGUCAAAGGUGACAGGUGCAGCCGGGUUUUAAAGGGGACACAGCUUCACUAGCCUCAGACUGGUUCCAGAAGAGGAAAGGCACAAGAGAGAUCACCAUGCCUUCACUACAGAGGAGGAAGACCAUUGGCUUGUGCUUAAACGAAAAGAAAAAAAGGAAACUCGGCUUUCACGUAUUUGAGGAACUCUGCAGAAACCAUGGAUACAGUGUAAUUGAUAUUGACCUGACCCAACCAAUCAGUAGCCAAGGGACAUUUGAUUUGAUCAUCCACAAAAUUUCAGAUCUCCUUGUUGAAGCUGGUCAGGAUUUGGCUUCCCAUCACCUUGUCCAGAGGCUACAGGUAUAUCUGGACACACAUCCCUAUACUGUUCUUCUAGACCCACUACCUGCUCUGCACAUACUGUUGGACAGAUUUCAGUCAUACAGGCUCCUGCACACAUUGGAGUCCUACAGUCAAGGGUCCAGUGGCAUCUUUUCUCCUCCGUGUGUAGAACUGGUAACCAAGAACUGUGACGUGGUAACACUGGUCAGGACUCGUCUCACAUUUCCCUUAAUUUGUAAAACCCGACUGGCUCAUGGCCCGCGCUCCCACCAGAUGUCCCUGAUAUUUAAUGAAGGUGGAUUGAGUGAAGUAAAACCCCCUUGUGUCCUGCAAAGCUUCAUCAACCACAAUGCCACCCUAUAUAAGGUUUUUGUUGUAGGAUCACAGCAUUUUGUUGUGCAAAGACCCUCGCUGCGCAAUUUCCCUCUUGGGGAAACAGAUCAAAGCACAAUCUUCUUUGAUAGUAAUCAGGUAUCCAAAGCUGAGUCAUGCUCCUACCUAUCAGAGGCAGUUCCAAGCACAGGGGUUGCGGCGCCUUCAGAUUCAGUGGUAAACCAAGUGGUUCAGGGGUUACGGGAGGCUUUAGGAAUGUCCCUUUUUGGUGUGGAUUUAAUUGUGGACACGAAGACUGGACGCGUUGCGGUUAUUGAUGUUAAUGCAUUUCCAGGCUAUGAUGGUGUCGCGGGAUUCUGUUCAGCUCUAUUCUCGCACGUUGAAAAGGUUUUAAAUAUCGGCAACAAAGCUUCAGCCACUUCAUCUGAAUCUAGUGAAACCCACCAACCCUCGGAGCACGCUGGUCUGCAGGCACUUGGCUCUUUUCGUGGGACACGGUUAUCUGAGCAGUGGCCCAGGCAGACACUGUCACCAAAAAUAUACAAGAAAGACAUUACUCGCCACCCUUAUAUAGACUUGCGUGCACAAGCCGUAUCUACAGACUGGUAACAACCCAAGACCUAGAAAAGAAUAUGUUUCCUACUUGCACAGCUUUGAGCAAACUACAGCUUUUUUUUAAAGCAGUUAAUACACAUUGAUCAAGACUGAAAAAAAACUUUACAGAUAAUAUAAAACCCAUGAUAUUUUAGAUGUAUUUAUCUUUAUUUAGGCAGCAAUCAUUCAUAUAUGCAAUAAAUACAACCCUUAGGGGCAGAUUUAUCUAGGGUCGAAGUGAAAAUUCAAAAUUUCAAGUUUCAAAACUGUUAAAUUCAACU